GAGCGGUAGCCGCCGAGGGUCCGCCAUCGCCUGAUGGUGCUGUGAAACUCAAUUUGGACCAAGGAUUGCGUCUGUCUGUGCAUACCAGACUGACGUAGGCCGAGGUGAGAUGCAUUAGCAUGCGUGGAGAGUCGGAACUGGAAGGAUGUGCGUGAUGAUCUGUUGCCGGCCGCUCGAGCAAUGUGAACGCCUACCGGAGUAUAUACUGCUGGGUACACCUGCACUUUCAAACACAUAGCCGCAAAACUCACCAAACCAAAAUCAUGUAUCUUCACAGCAUUCUUACUCUUGCCGCUACACUUGCGCCGCUUGUGGCAGCCACCCCCUUGGACACCAACACCCAAUUGGGGGAUGCAGCCAUUGGCAGCAGACUGUCACGCCGUGCAAGCUGCGAGAAAUGGAAAACCGACGGUGACAUCUUUACCAAGUCUUCAGAUUCCACAAUAGUCGUCUCGGAUAACAUGCGUGGCCCACAGCGGUUCUUUGUACCGGUUGGCCGUGCACAAAACUGGACACACAGCGCCAGCAUCAAUCCUGAUGAUAUUGGCGAUGUUGAGGCCCUGGGAAAGAGCAUCUCCAAGGACUUUAAAGUCUCGAGAAACGACACGAGCAAGUACGUGUUUGAAAUUGACACAGCAAAAAUGGGCACCGUAGGAUUCACACCGAUCAUGGAAUGCGUCAAGGGCAAGACAACCUGUAGUGGCAAGCCUGUCGAGGGCGAAAUCUGCUGGCCCAAGGCUGGAUUCACCGAUCCAGAGACGAGCGUUGAUGGAAUUUGGGCUCUUAUUCAACACUGAUAGGCAUAGUUUUAUUAAUUAUUGCAUGCAUCACUAUAUAAACUUUAAAGGGAAUAGAGGGGGGCAUUGCGGUAUACUAUAGAGGGUAUACACUGUUUCUUGGAUAGCAGCACCCUCCCCUCCUCUCAACACAAAUACAAUUUCUUUGUACAAAAAAAAUAAAAGAAAACAAGAAAUUCCGCAGUUGUUCCAGCUAAAAGCCAC